AUGUCAAAUGUCAAAACGAAAAAAGUACCACAACCGUUGGAUCCAAAGCACAUGUUUGAUGUUGUUGAAAUAGACAAACACACAUUUCGUGGCGUUGCACCAUUGAAAAAACCCAGGAAGGAAUCUAGAGGAGUAUAUGGAGGAAACAUUGCAGCGCAAUGUGUGGUUGUGGCCAUGAGAUCUGCCCCUCCAGGAUACACUCCAAACUCACUCCAUUCGUAUUUCUUGAAAGCUGUGGAUGAAGAGAGUCCACUUGUUUGGAAGAUUGAUGACGUAUCCACUGGGAAGUCAUUUGCUACAAGAAACGUCCUUGCAUUGCAGAACAACAUUGUUGUCUUCUCAGCAGUUGUAUCCUUAACUACCAAAAACUCAACUUUGAAAACUGGUCACAAGAAUAGCACACAAUUGGAUUAUAGUGUUUCACCGGUAAAGACAAUAUCGACGCAAGCCACCAAGGACAAUACACUGACAAGCUCCGUAUUGCCUUUGCUCAUAAGUCAAAGACUUUACAACGAGCCAAAGGAUAAAGAUAGCUAUGCGUAUCAUUUGAGAUGGGGCCUUAAAGACGACUCACAGUUUCACCAAGAGGUUGUAAAUAUGACACCAGAAUAUAAAUAUGCAGCACUUGCUGCAUUGAGUGAUUGGACAGGUACUGAAUUGCUCUUGCCGCAUAUGAAUGUGAAAGUUAUGCCCCAAUUUGAAGCCUCCAUUGACCACAAUGUGUAUUUCCAUGAAGAUGAUUUUGAUAUUGAUCAGUGGUUUCUGUCCACGACUCAUCUACAUAACUUUUCCGAGUUCAAUGAACAAGAUGAUACAAUAACCAACAUGGAAAAUGACACUGUAACAUAUUUGGCGAGCCCUGCACCACUAGAAGAGCCACUGACACAUCCUAUUCACUUACCAGUUAUAGACCCAUCUUCGAAGCCUGAAAUUCUUGUGUUCAAUCUAGAUGACAUAAAACAACUACGCAACAAGUAUCAUAUAUUGGGUGUACUAAUUGGUACUUUACAACACUACCCUCAACAAAACAUGUUUUUGUCCGUGCCGUUGAAGCUUAAUGUCUAUGAGGCUUUAUGGUUGGUUCAACAUGGAUAUGCAAUUUUAAUUGAUCAAGCAGGGUAUCGAGAUGCCAAAUUGAAACACCAAGAGGAACAGCUUCAGGGUAAAACUAGGAAUAAUAAUCUAACAGCAAAGAAUAUCUUAGUUGUUGAGAAUAGCGAAUCACUCCACGACACCAGUCUAGCUCAAUCUUUUGAAGUACCAAUCAAGUCAUAUUUAUCUACAUAUUUUAAGGACAGCGAUGGUGAAAUUCUAGCUCAAUUUGUCACACAUUAUAAGUAUUACAAAUACUUGCAGGAUCAUGGGUACUAUAUUAACCCUGGCUUGAAGUUUGGUGGUGAUUUGGUGAUUUAUCCUGGAGAUCCAUUACGGUAUCAUUCUUACUCAAUCGUGAAAUUUGACGUUGUUGAUAUGUAUGAUAUCAUAGUAGGCGGGAGAUUAGCCACAAGUGUAAAGAAGAAUAUGAUCUUGAUGGAGAUGAAAGGGGAGGAGAAAAGUGAAGAUAAAAAUGUCGUCUCUGUUGAUGAUGGAUUCUUGGAGAGAUUGUUUAGUGACGAUGAUGGGCCCAUGUGUUUUUCUAUCGAGUGGGCAGGGUUUGGCUGA